GAUGAAGAGUUGUGUUUCAAGAAUCCUCACUGUCCUCAGAGCUGAGAAGAUGGAAACACAUUUGAGUUUUGUGGUUCUGCUGUCUAUCUGCAGCCUCUCCUUUAGUCAAGAAUGUAAUCAGCAGCUUCUGGAGAAUAUAGAUUUCCCUGGAACAGACAUCAGAUCCGUCUACUCUCCCGACGCCGAUCACUGUCAGCAAAUUUGCACCCAGCACCCCUCCUGUUUGUUCUUUACCUUUGUUCGAGCUGACUGGACCAGAGACAAUAGGCACUUCUACUGCUACCUAAAGACCACUCCCUCUGGACGGCCCAAUGUUCGGACUCCUCUACUGGGCGUCACCUCUGGAUUUUCACUCAAACCCUGCAGCACAGAACCACAGCCCUGUCUGCCUAAGGUGUACCAUGGCGUGGACUUAUACGGGGCAGACUACCAAAGCUUGUUCACAGCCGACUAUGAGGAGUGUCAGAGAGCCUGCACACAGGACCCUGCCUGUCAGUUCUUUACUUUUGUAAAUGACGUCUUUACACCAGAGAAGAUCAGGUACAAGUGCCACCUUAAAUUCAGCUGGGCAGCACCAAUACUUCCUAUAAUUGAAAGAAAAGCUGGUGUGGUAUCUGGAUUCACCUACAAAGCACAAAUAACUCAAGACUUUAAACCAGCAUGUCAGGGUAAGCUUUUUCCAAACAAAGACAUCCCAGGAAAUGACAUCGUGGAUCUUCUAGCCGCGUCCUCUGAACACUGUCAGAGCCUCUGCUCUGCUCAUCCAGCCUGCACCUUCUUCUCUUUUGUCAGUAACAACUUCAAAUGUUACCUGAAGAACAACAAAAAUGAAAUGGUGCCCGUAGCUAAAGGAGGAGUGACAUCUGGAAUACCAGCACGCUUCUGUCAGCUGGAUGACAGCUGGGUUAGGGCCGCUCUUGAAGGAGUAGAUUUCCGAGGUAAUGACAUUGGCUUCGAGCUGAUGGACGACGCAGACACUUGUCAGAGGACCUGUAGUGAGAAUCCUAACUGCCAGUUCUACACCUAUGUCCAAACAACCUUCUUCGACAGCGUUUACAGGCGCCGCUGCUAUCUCAAGCGUUCCAUCACCAUGCCUUCUCCUCCUAAAGUUUCCAAACUGGCCAAUGUUGUAUCUGGCUUCCAACUGAGGAACUGCGUGCAGAGUCCUCAACUCACAGACAAACGCAAAGAUGUUCCUACUUAGUUCUUUAAUAUGGGCACUUGGUCUGUUGGUUGUUCCUAACAUCAUUUGAUCGCAGUUUAAGCUGCAGAUGAUUCGUUUCAUGUGUAAACAAAGCAAUAAAACAGAAAGAACAUCA